AUGAAUAAUAAGGAAGAAAAAAUAAAACUAAUUCUGUAAUUUUUAAGAUAAUUAAAAUAUGAUAAUACUUUCUAGAAACUUUAGGAACAAUCCUAAAUCUAACUAGAUCCUUAAAAUUUAGAAUUGAUUACUUAAUCAAUAAAAAAUUAUGAUAUAAUAUAAUUAGAAUAGAUCCUUAAUCAAUAUGUAGAUAAAGAAACAAAAUAAAAAUGUAUAUUGAAAAUAUUAGAAUAAAAAUAUAUUAAAUUACUUAAAUUACAUAAUGUUUAAGAAGCAAUAUAAUUAUUGAGAAAUCAUAUAACAAAUUUUUGUUCAGGUAUAAUAUAUUUAUAAAAAAUUUAGAUGAAGAAUAAAAACAUUAAUAUGCUUCAAUGAUUUAUCUACCAGAACUUAAAGUAAAAUAAGAAUAAGAAUUAAUAGAUGAAAUUAUAUAAUUGUGCUAUAAAUAAAUUGGAUUAAUUGAACCUAAUAGAUUAGUGACCAUAUUAUAAUAAUAGCAAGCAAAUAAAAUAUUAGAUUGUCAAUUUCAUAUUAAAUUAGAAUAAAAUUACAAUAUUUUAAAAAAGCAUACCUGUAAUUCCUAAUUAAAUAUAAUUAAAUAGUAGAAAAAUAUUAGUUUUUGUGUAUUUUCUAUUAAUGGUUAAUAUUAAGCCUUAGUUCAUGGUCUUUAAAUUUAUUUAUAUUAAUUUGACAACACAAAAAAUGAAUAUUAGUAAAAACCUAGGAAAAUAUAAACUGGAUAAACUAUUGCAAUAACAUCAAUAAUAUUUUCACCUUGUAGCAAAUAUAUAGGAACAUCAUCUCAAGAUUUUACAGUUUUUGUAUAUAACAUUUAAACAGAAAAUAAAUAUAGACUUGAAGGACAUAAUGCUAUUGUAUAAUGUUUAAAUUUUGUAUUAUGUGAUUAAUCUAUCAAAAAGUAGAAAAAUGAAUAUGAUAUUUAUACUAUUUCAAUAGAUGGAUGGCUUUAUGAAUGGAAUGAAAAUGAAAGAAAAGGAGGAUUAAAAAUUGAAGAGAAAUUGUUAAAAUUACAUACUCAUUAAUAAAAAGAAUUAAUGCUUUUAACUAGUUAAAAUAAAAUUAGUUUGUAUAAAUUAUAUACAAAAUAUUAAAUUUCUUAGACUUCUAGUUCUAACAAUAAUUAAAAUUCAGUUGUAGAUAAACAUUUUAAUUUUGUUUUAAUUUAAGUAAAUGACACUAUAUAAUAAUUGUAUUUAUAUGCAAUACCAGAUUUAUAAUUGAUUAAAGUAUUCUAAACUACAUCAAGAAUUAAUUCUUCUUUAAAUAAUCAAUUUGAUAUAGGAUGGAUUAAUUAUAAUUUAAUAGCUGCAGGUACUAAUAAAGGUGAUUUAUUGGUAUGGCAUAUUCAAAAAUCAUGUAAACCAAUUGAGUCAUACUAAGUAAUUAAUUAAUUAAAAAUAGAUAUCAGAAUAUGAUAAAGAAAUAUCUUGUAUAAAGUUUCAUCCUACUUAAAAUUAACUCUAUGUUUAUUCAAAAAAAGAUUCAAGAAAACAAUUAUCUACAUAGCAAUAGACUACUGAAGAUUUAAGAACUUAAUUAUUAUAAUAAAGGAAUCAAUAUCAAAGAUAAUCAGGAGGAAUGCAAUAACUAUUAAAUCUUUUAUAGAUAAUUGCUAUGUAAGAUCAAAUGAAUAGUAAUCGAUAAUCAAUGUUAUAAGAUGAUAAAGAAAGUAGUGAUGAAGAUAUUUGA